AAACGCAGACGGCUAGUGUGGGUAUCGAUAUCAUUGAAGCAGCGCAAAUGUAUACAGCGCUAACUGUUCACUUAAGAAAUAAAAUGUAGCGAAACUCUCCUCAUAUUGUGACGGGUUAACUUUCCGACACUUGCUGUGCUUUAUAUUUCUUUACUUAACCAUGGUAAUGAUUCUAUUUUCACUCAUUUUGUUUUCGGAUAUUGGAUUUCGGUUGUAAACAAACAAACAAACAGCGAGGGUGAUCAACUGUCGCUAUAAAUCUCUCGUUUUAUUUUGUGCGUUUUAUUUAUAUUUUUGUGGUUAACUUUAAAAAGAAAAACAGACGGAUUAUUGUAUUGGCAAUUUUUAAACAAUAACAGUGUUGGAUUAAGUGUGUUUGUGUGUGUGUCAGAAUACAAGAUGAUCACAUCAACGUAUUUGUAGAUGCACCGAACAUUGAGCAACAAUCUAAUUGGAUACUUUCCCUUUGUUCUCGCUAAAAUACACCGAUCAUUGAGCAACUGUCUAAUUGGAUACUUUCACUUUGUUCUCGCUAAAGUAUCUCUGGAGACAUUAACAAUACACAUCUUCAAAUGUAUGCCAUAGCAAGAGACUAAAGUAUUCGAACGUAUGCUGCUAGAACAGACUUAGAUCGUCAAACAUACGCUGUGACAACGGUUUAUCUUUGCUGCUCCUACAGAAAAGGAUCUUCAAAUGCACGCUUUAACAGUAGACUUCAAUUUUCAAACAACGGCAUAUCUUCAAACGUAUGCUAUAACAAGAGUAAUAGAUCUACGGACGUAUGCUAUAACAGUAGUCAUAAAUCUUUACUAAUAUGCUAUAACAUUGUAGAAGUAUAGAAAAUAUUUGUGCGGUAAAAUGGACCUGUAAUUCUCAUCAUUUGCGGAACUUACUCACAUUCUGGCAUGGCACAUAUAACUUUGGAGAUAGAAAUAUGUUCGUUUGGCAGAACUAAUGAUAUGAUCUGAAAAUACAAAUUCUGCACAACGCAACCGCCUGUGUAAUCUGUUUAACACUAGCAGACUGAAAAUGAAAGAAGUUUCCAGUCAGACUCAACAUGUAUUGAAACCGUCAUGAGUUAUUUCCACACAGGAUUACGUACACAUAUAAAUUACCGUUUAAAGAAAUCACCGAAGAUUAGAAGGACUUAAGUCGUGAUCGACCUUCGAGUUUAAUUUAACAAGCGGUAAUAGUUUAAAGUUACACUAAUAAAUCCUGAAUUCUUGGGUGAAAAAACAUACUUGAAAAUAAAAAUAACAUUUUUCAUUACGGUGAAUUGAAUCUAUGAUAAUAGUGGUUUGAAAAUAAACUCGUUAUAAACUAGUACAAUACAAAAUUUUACUUAAUUUGGUACAUGUUAUUCUUUUGGGAGACACGAGUUCUACAAGAGGUAAUAAAUACUGCUUAAGAUAUUUUCCGCUACAGUUUAUUGGUUUUAAAAGAGAAAAGGUUUAUAUGCAUGUAACGACUAUAGAGUGUUUAAAUGGCCAGAUUGCUUAGCUUACUGUAAGUACGGUCAAGCAUAAAGGGAUUAUUUUACUAAUACACAAAAGCUUUGGAGAAAACAAGGCGCAUGUCAGAUCGGAAUAAUGACAAGCACAAGGUUAUAGCUUAAAGACGCUUGUAUUUGGCAACGGAUAUGAAUGCGAACUGAUUGUAGGAGAGAGAAUUUGAUUUUGGAAUUGUUAAUUAUGAAACAAAUAGAACUAAAAAACAAGAUUGGAUCUAUGAACUUGGAUUUAGUACCGGAGUGAAAACGGAAUAUAACACUGUCAAUCUUAUAUAACGGUGGAAAGGAAUCAGAUCAAGGGGAAACUUUAACUCUUAUUUUCCUGUUUGGGAUUAACGCAUUAAAGACCUAAGUCUGUGUUUUAUAAUAAGGAAAACUCGACUCUGAAGGACGUGCAGAAAUUUGAAGUGAAAUUGUGAUUGUUCUAACUAAAUAACGGACGGAAUUAAUAAUACCCGUUAACCUUGUCACGGGUUACUUGAACAUAAACUGAUGUGGAAUAUUAGACAACCUCUGAAUUAAAUGAAAAGCUGUCGGUGAGAGUAUUGGAUGUUAUCUUUCAACACGGUAACUAAUGACUUGAUCUUACAGAUUGAUUUCUAAAAAGAUAAAUUCAGUAACAGUUUUUUCAGUUAAUUACAUUCUUCUAUGAAUUAUAUAUACGGGGCAUUGAUUAAAUCCACAGCCGUAACAUUGAAAUGGGAUGUGAACAUCCUUAUACAACACUCAAUAAAUCGUUCAAACUAAACACAGACUGUCUUUAAACUACAGAAAAUUUAAAAUAAAUAACGCAAUAGAGCGUACUGACGUAUUUAAAGAAAAUUUAUGAAUUAUUCGCAUCUCGUUUACUAAAGUCACUACAUGUGGUCCCCCUACCGGAGAAACUUUAUAAUCCCUCAAAACGUUUUUCCAUAUCUUUAGACGGAUGACAGCAAAUUUAUUAAGAAUUCAUCUGAAGGUGAAAUUGGAUUAAUUCGAACGGGUUUGGGGAAAAUAUACAUUUGAUGUACGUAUAGCCCGCACCUCAAUGCAAAAUAAAAGAUAUUGAAAAUUGUGCGCUGUGGAAAAGAAAAACGUACUCGUAAACAAAUUUGAAAAAAGCAGAUAAGUGACGCUGUAACGAUGAAGAGUGUUGAAGAUAAUUACGAUACGUUAAGAAUUUCUAGCAGAAUGCAUUUAGUUAACUGUGAGACACUCCUUGAAGACUUGAUUUGAUUUUUAACGAUUUUGAUCCGUCAGACAGAAAAAUAGAGUAAUGAAUCGUCUACAGUGUGGUGUGUUUGCAACAUAGACAAUUUUUAGGAAUAACAAUAAAGUUAUUAGGUUCACGUUAUGGGCGACAUAGCAGAUUUGUCUGUGGUUGGAUUCUCAAACAGCACUGGAUUUAAUAAUACUAGCACUUAUUUCCCAAUUAAUACGACGGAAAACGUGUCAGCCGUGGCCAAUGGUUCCACAACCGAGGCGCCACCUGAACCGUACUAUAAAGUUUGGCAACAGAUUGUGAUUUCAAUUAUUUUAGGCAUAUUAAUAAUUGGAACUAUAAUUGGAAAUUCCCUAGUGUGUAUCGCAGUUAGCAUUGUAAAACGAUUACAGUCGCCUUCAAAUUUGUUGAUUGUGUCGCUCGCAUUGUCCGACUUGCUGGUUGCGCUGCUUGUUAUGCCCUUUGCAGCAAUUUUAGAAAUAUUAGGAGGAACGUGGCCAUUUAGUGAAACGAUUUGCGAUCUUUGGACGUCUCUUGAUGUUAUAAUGUGUACAGCGUCAAUAUUAAAUCUCUGUAUGAUCAGUGUUGAUAGGUAUUUUGUGAUAACACGUCCAUUCCAGUACGCCAUCAAAAGGACGCCUAAGCGGAUGGCUAUAAUGAUAGCGGCCGUGUGGUCGCUAGCGGUCAUAAUAUCCGUACCGCCACUUUUCGGAUGGAAAAACGAACUCGGCGUAGGAGAAUGUUUUAUCAGUCAAGAAAUAGGGUAUCAAAUCUAUGCAACUCUUGGGGCCUUCUAUGUUCCGCUUAUUGUCAUGAUCGUAAUUUAUUUUCGAAUAUGGUUAGUUUCAUCUCGGAUAAUGAAAAAAGAGCAAACUUCUAAACUCGGUAGCAUAGACAGGGGUAAUGAACACAUAAACAUGUCCGCGAAGUCCUCUAGGAGUAGUGGUGCAAGCGAUCAUUUGAAUAUACCGAAUGGAAACCUUCAUAAGAACGGUUUCACCGAAGCUGAGGACGCAUCAACAGAAAUGCUACCAACGUCUAGACCAAUAGUUACAAGAAGACGUUUUACACUGAAAUCAUUUUUAUCUCGGACUAAGAGCACUGGUGGCUCGUCACGAGAACGGAAAGCCACUAAAACUUUGGGAAUUAUAAUGGGAGGUUUUACGUUAUGUUGGCUUCCAUUUUUUAUUCUUGCCUUAGUACGGCCAUUUUUAAAUCCAGAAAGUAUUCCGCCGUGGAUUUCGUCCAUGUUAAUGUGGCUAGGAUAUUUCAACUCUUUUAUGAAUCCUGUGAUUUAUGCUCGUUUUAACAGAGACUUCAGAACUCCGUUUAAAGAAAUAUUGUGCUUUCGGUGUCGAGGAAUUAAUCACAGACUCCGUAGUGAGAGCUAUGUGGAGCAAUAUGGGCCUGAUCAGAUAUACAGAGACCGAGAUCGUGAUAGCUUGAGGCCACCUCGUGAUUCCAUCGUACGUUACAAUAGCCAUGGGCACACUCACGUGCACAUAGGAAAUGGUAAUUCUAAAAUGGGUGAAUCCAAAAUUUAGGAUUUAGUUACAUAGGAAUACAGUGUAUAUUCUGAUACAAUACUCGCGACUUGAAAGGACGAGUGACUUGGCAAGUUAUGGCUAUGUGUUCGUAUAACGGAUGCUUCUUUUCACGGUCUGUGUUCUUGACGCUGCACGUAUUGAUAGUUCACUAUCGGCGUAUUGUCUCAUCUUCAGAGGGUAAUAUAUUGAAACCAUUAAAUGGGUAAAGUUUUGACACAAAUUGAAAUGUGACUGGCUGUUUGUCAUGAGUUUCACAUUUUGUGUCCAUGUUAAGCCAUAGUUAAAAUAUUAUUUAUCCAGGUUAUGUAUAUAGUUAAGUUAUUGUCGACUUUUGUGACAUUUAAGUGCUGCUGAAUUAAUGAACACUCGAGAUUAGUGAUAAUUUGACAUAAUAUAAUGAGAUUAUAAAAUAUAUGACACAGUUUUAUUGAAAAUCUAAUGAUAAUAUAAUUAUCAUGGUGCAGACUCAGUAUGUGGAAAGUACUUUCUAAUAGGGGUGUGUUAAAUUAGAAGAAAUCCGAAUGUGAUAUCACGUGUUCCUUUGGAUCUGUUUUGUGUUUUCUAAGUUACUGCAAAGACCGUUUACGCUUUAAUUUGAAUGCACAGCAACUUUAUUUUAAUGAAUAAAAUUUCCUAGACUUAAAACAGAAAAUGAAAUAUUCUUUACUCAUUUUAUUAAUAUUUAGUCUAAGAGUCGUAUUUGUUUACUGGAUACAACGCAUUUAUGUCUGACAAGCUUACACUCUUCCUUCUUAAUUCAAUUAAUUGUUAGACAAAGUUGCCCGUAUUUACCCGUUGAGACGUAUGUGUAUGGGUACGUCGUGGCUUUUUAGUGUAAACAUGUAUUUCAGUUAGCGUCUGGGUAGUCUAAAUUCAAGGCAUUCAACUUUCAAUAUAUUUUCGACGUCCGCGGUUUCAUAAGUAUUGAAACACAUAUUCUUAUCUUCAAGUUCAGAACCUUGUACAUUAAUGUGUGGUAAUUUAUCAAGGCUAUAUUCUGUAUCAAGGUUACCAAUUGGCAUAAUGCAUGUACGCGUCUCUUACAACUGUAGAAUCAACUUGCAAAAACAUUAACUAUGGAGGCACAAACACUUUUGGUACAAGUUACCCUAGUUCUUAAAGGGUAUAUGACGCAGGAGAUUUUUCAAAUAAAACUGCGUCACAUAUGUAUGAUAAGAAAUAUCGUUAUAUGUAUAUACUUAGCAUAAUAUUUAUUGAAUCUGCAUAUGUACAUAAGAAAUAUUGUAAAGUUUGUUGGAACUCAUUUUGUUGUUAAUUGUACUCAGUCGUGUUGAAAGCAUGUGUGAGUCGCCACGCAUAAAAGGGCCUUCUUGCAGAACGUCGUUUUGUUUAUAUUUAAUUGAAGUUGUACCCAUUUCCUAGCACCCUGAUUUAUAAUCAGAAACAAAUAAAAUAAAAUGAAACAUGUUUCCAUAAACCAAAGUGAGCAUACUUUAAAAAUGUGUAAUAAAGGUAAAUUUGAAAUAUUCGGCUAAUUUGUCCUGUCAGUGACCUUUUUUACGUUCAAGACUCACACCUGUUUCAACAGCAGCUAUAUUGACCCUAUGCAGAAACGAACAAAAGUAUUUUCAGCCUGUAAAUAUUUUACCGUACCGUACCAUACCGUACCAUACAAAAGGUCCAAAUCUGGAAUAUAUCAAGAAUUUUUUACUUCGAUAUAAAAGGACUUUUCUUCAUCAGAUUGUCAUAGUGAAGUGUAAUUAUUGACAGUAUAAUACAAAUCACAAUUUAAUUUCCUGCAGGAUUAUAACAAAUUUAUACCGGGUUACUAACGCAGUAGAGAUAAUUUACUACAUAUUUAACAAAUAACUGAACUUAUAUCGUAAUCAGGUAAAAAUUGUGUUCAAAAGGAAAAGAGGAGUGAUCCGUAUAUUACAAAAUGUUACAAUAUAAUGUAUAAGAAAUACACUGACAUACAUUUUUUGUUUAAUAAUAAUGUAAACGUAAACUGGCGUCACAAUAGAAAAUGUAAACGUAAACUGGCGUCAUUGACAAGUUAUCCUGAACGAACAGAGCGAGUGUGUCCAAAUACACAAAACACUUGCUUUUCCAAUUUUUUGUUUAUGAAAACUUUGACAUAAAACUGAAGGCAUUUUAAUUAUGAGACCUACACGUGCACUAAGUUUUUUAUUUUUAAAAACUAAUCACGGUGAAUGCGUGUCAGUUUUUAGUCAGUUCUGAACAGAAUAUCGGAUCGUGCAUUUAAGGAAUAUGUUCUUAUGAAGAAAUAAAAUGAGUUAAGAAAAUAAACGUUAAGUAAUGUAUUUUUUUUAUAUUUUGUUUGA